GUUCACACACCCACAUUGUCAUCCCUCUUUCACGGAUUAGAACGCUGACGCUUAGAAAGGUUGGCAAUCUUGCUCCAAAUCACACUAAAGAGCGACGCUUCUCCGCACGAGUCCCGGGUCCCCAGGAGGUGCAGAGAGCGACGGCCCGUCCGCCCGAAGGUGGAGCAAUUGGCCAGGGAGGUCUCGGCCCGCCGGCACCGCGAGCUUUCAGCCCAAGCCCAGGAGGUGGCGGCCCGGGCGCCACCUUCCCAGGCUGCGCCCCGAUGCUGCGCUUCGUGCCCAGAGCUCUGCGCCUCCCGCGCCCCUGGAGGCCUCUAGGGGCCCGCGGCUGCGCCUCGAACCAGGCGGCCGGGAGCCCGGAGAUCCAAGUGCGUGCUCUGGAGGGUCCAGACCAAGGAAUCUCUGAGAUUCUGAUGAACAGACCUCGUGCCCGCAAUGCCUUGGGGAAUGUCUUGGUCAGUGAGUUGCUGGAUGCUCUGGCCCAGCUGCGAAAGGAACAGCAACUGCGUGUCCUGAUCUUCAGAAGUGGAGUGAAGGGUGUGUUCUGUGCAGGUGCAGACCUAAAGGAGCGGGAGCAGAUGAGCGAGGCACAAGUGGGCAACUUUGUCCAGAGACUCCGAGGCCUGAUGGAUGAGAUUGCAACCUUCCCUGCACCCACCAUUGCAGCUAUGGAUGGGUUUGCCUUGGGUGGAGGCCUGGAGCUUGCCUUGGCCUGUGACCUCCGAGUGGCAGCUUCCUCAGCUGUCAUGGGACUGAUCGAGACCACUCGAGGGCUCCUCCCAGGGGCAGGAGGGACUCAGAGGCUGCCUCGCUGCCUGGGGGUGGCUCUAGCAAAAGAGCUGAUCUUCACGGGCCGAAGACUAAGUGGAGAGCAGGCCCAUGCACUGGGGCUGGUGAAUCACGCGGUGGCCCAGAACGAGGAGGGGGAUGCUGCCUACCACCGGGCACGAGCCCUGGCCCAGGAGAUCCUGCCCCAGGCCCCCAUUGCUGUGCGGCUGGGCAAAGUCGCCAUUGACCGAGGAAUAGAGGUGGACAUUGCAUCAGGGAUGGCCAUUGAAGGGAUAUGCUAUGCCCAGAACAUCCCGACCCAGGACCGGUUGGAGGGCAUGGCGGCCUUCAGGGAGAAGCGGCUCCCAAGAUUUGUUGGCAAGUAGCCUGUUUAACCUUAGGAUGCCUUAAAGAGCAGGAUCCAGAAGGAAAAACCGCAGCAGAACUGCCUUCCCCAUUUCACCUCUCUGGGCUUCUGUUUCCUCACAAGGACAAUGAUGGAUGGAACACGACUGGUCCCUGGGUGCUGACUAGACACUGCUGCCUUUCUUAUCAUCACUAUAGCUAAUCACUAGGGUCACCUUUCCUUUGGAGAAUGCCUGGCUCUCCCUAUUUGAAUAAUAAACUUUAAGGACUAAAAUAGA